UCUCAUCUUCAUGUCCAAUUGCAAAAUCUAAUUCCCUCAUUUGAAAAGGAUAUCACUUAAACUGAUCUUGAACAUAAAAUGCCUAUAACAAAUGUUCAUUUGCUGAUUCUUUAGAUUUUUUGAGCGCAUAAUUCACAACAACUACAACAAGAUGUUUGGCCUUGUUGCCAAUAAAGCCUUUGGAAGGUGCAAUAAAAUCAAACUUUUUCAAUUUUUACAUCUAUAUCACACAAUUCAAGAUCGUGUAAUCCAAAUGUCAGGUAUCAUGGAUUCCUUUGAUCCCAAGUUUAAAAUGGUCAAAUAACUUAACAGUUGAAACAUGCUCAUUUUGUGUUAUUGGUUUUUUCUCAAUUUCAACCUUUACUUUUUCCUAAAUGUUUCUUUUAUUCAGGGUAGGCUACCGCUGGAUUACACGACUUCUUGCCCUAGCUCUUUAUGCCAUGUUACUCAUGCCUGGCUUUCUCCAAAUUGCAUUUCAAUAUUUCUUUUCAAGCCAAGUCCGCAGAAGUAUUAUUUAUGGAGAUCAACCAAGGAAUAGGUUGGAUUUAUAUUUACCAUCAAAUGAAGAUGGCCUGAAACCUGUGGUGGCAUUUGUAACUGGUGGGGCUUGGAUUAUUGGAUACAAGGCAUGGGGUUCUCUGCUAGGACUACAAUUAGCUGAAAGAGAUAUCAUAGUAGCAUGUAUUGAUUACAGAAAUUUCCCACAGGGAACAAUCAGCGAUAUGGUUAAUGAUGUUUCUCAAGGGAUUGAUUAUAUUUGCAACAAUAUUAUUGAAUAUGGAGGUGAUCCAAACAAGAUUUAUCUCAUGGGUCAGUCAGCUGGUGCACAUGUUUCUUCCUGUGCUCUUGUACAGCAGGCAAUCAAAGAAUCCAGAGGCGAUAGCAUUUCUUGGAGUGUCUCCCAGAUAAAAGCUUAUUUUGGUUUAUCAGGGGGGUACAAUUUACCCAAUCUGGUCGACCAUUUCCAUAAUCGAGGCUUGUAUCGCUCCAUCUUCUUAAGUAUAAUGGAAGGAGAAAAAUUACUGGAGCAAUUUUCUCCUGAAGUUAUUGUCCAGGAUCCAAGUUCUGACAAGGCAGUUUCACUGCUGCCCCAUAUUGUCCUUUUCCAUGGUACUACAGAUAGUUCCAUACCAUCAGAUGAAAGGUUUGCAUUCCUUCUGAGAAUGAUGUUAAUAAGCUGCCAAUUGACUGAACACAAGAUGCCUUGUCUUGUUGCAGUAAAUGAAUCUGUUGUUAUCUAAUUCCAUGAUUUAUGAACCGCAUGUGUCAAUUUUUUCUACUACAGUUGAAAAAUGUUUGCAUGUUUUAACAAAAUGGCAUCAUCUCUCACGUUCAAUGGAGCUACUUAUUGUAUAAGAUGCUAAUAGCUUGGGCAAUACCCAAUAUGUCUAUCAUCCUAGCAGUCCAACGUAUGGGCUUUUUGUCGAUCUUCAUUUACUAGCCAUGACAUAUGAAUUUAUUAUGCUAGAAUAAUGAUAGGGUUCAGCUGUAUUAAGAAGGUAAGUAGCAGUGAAAAGGAAACUCUGUAUUAAUUUGAAGUUAACGGAAUUACAAGAAAUGGAAAAGAUGAACAUAAGCAGCGCCGUUCGAGAGGGCUGUGACUCUCCACACUGUGAUUUCCUCACUUUAUUAUCUCAUGCCUAACACUUUUAUUCAGCCUCUAUUUAUAGUCUUUGUAACAGAAUUUACUCACCUGUCCCUGCUAUGCUAACAGAAUUGGUUACUGCCCUCACUCUCCACUCUUCUUGUUUCUUCUAGAAUAAGUAUAUUUAACCGGUGGCCUAUCAAUUACCCCCCCAAUUCAGCCACCUUGUCCUCAAGGUGGAAGGAGGGAAAUUGUUGGUUGAUGAGAUAGCCUGGUUCCCACGUAGCCUCCAGCGGAGAUAAGCCCUU